AUGUUCAAAGCCUUCACCAGAUCAAUUCCUGAGAUUUCCAUCUUUCACAACCCUUCUUCACCAGCAUCUGCGAAGGCUCUGAGUCUACUACGUUCUGCACUCUCGUCUCCGUACCCGCCUUCGAAGCCGUCUGCACCACCCUUGAACUUCAACCUUGAGGUGAUCGAGAACAAGCCGCCAACAAAGGACCAACUGCGGACUAUCCUCUCGUACGUGCCUGCGAAAUCUCCCUCUGGCACAGGAGGCAUCGCACCUGCACCUUCCGCAGAGACCCUUCUUUCCUCCCAUCCGACGGUGGACGAACGCCCGCAUGACGUCGAAGGCGUUGCCACCCUGGCAAAUCGAAACCCUAAUGCGCUGAAGUGGCCGAUCGUCGUGGAUUGGCACAACGGUCGGGCGUCGAUAGGCGAUGUUGGUGGCGUGCAGCAGAUAUUGGAGGAGUUGAGAAGGAAGAGAGAUGGCGAAGCUUGA